GUACAAAUCAAAGAAGAUAGGACUUGAAAACGCUUAAAUUAAGAAUAAAUCGAAUAUUUGCAAAAAUUAACCUCAACAAUGCCAAAGAGACGAGGAAAGGUUUAUUUUGAGACGGUUUUGACUAAAACAUCAAGAGAUGUAGUUGUUGAAUGUGUCAUCGAACACUGCGGUGAACAUUCUGAUGACGGUUUUUUUGCUCAAAUGCACAAACAAUUCGUCGAGGCAAUAGAGAAGAACCUGCUAGCCCAAACUAUCAAUAAAAAGAAGAAAAAGAAAGAACAGAAAUGGGAAGCAGAAAAGAUUCUCGGAUCAGUCAUGUCUGGUGGAGAAUUAAUGUUUAUGGUAAAAUGGAAGGAUAAGGAUGACAUAGCAUUAAUUAGUGCACAUCAGGCAACUCAGAAAUAUCCGAAACUCGUCAAAUUUUACUUUGCAAGACGACUCCAAUGGUCUCCAGUCCAUGAUAAACAAACUUAUAAGAUGGUCGAAAGAUCCUAAAUCUGAACUUAACUACACAACUACAAAACUGAGGAAAUAAAGAAAUAACAUCCAUUUGAAAUAUUCAAUACCUAUUAAACAUGAAAGAAAAUAAAUGAAUUAAUGUGAAUAGUCAUGGAUGACAAUGACGAUUAGUUGAAAAGUCAGGAUUAAAGCAAGCAGCAGCAGCAGCAAAAAAUGUUCAUUGAAUGAUCAUCACAUUAAC